AUGCAAUCAAGUAAUGUUUUUGUAAAUGAAGGUGGCGACGAUGACUGUGAGAAUUUGAAAAGUCUUUUGGAUUACAGCAGAGGCAUUUUCAUUGCCAAUUCAAUGGAGGUCAUGUUGAAGCUGGACAUAUUUGGCAGGGUUGGUAAAACACUCGAUGCUUCGAGGUCAGUAGAGUCACUGGCAGCGGAAGUCAACGUUGAUGCCGAUGCUCUAUACCGCGUGAUGCGUGCACUCUCCAAAGACGGAAUGUUCAGAGAACUCUCACCAAGAGUAUUUUCAAACUCACCUCGAUCCAUUUACCUUGCACGUGACAAAACGUUGCACUCUUACUUCUUAAUGCGUGGUAGAGAGCCUAGCUUCUGGGAUCACCUUGAGAAGAAUCCAGACACUAUGAAUCUCUUUGCCGAUUCAAUGUCAAGUCUGACAUCGCUAACAAUUCACAAAAUCAUCGGACUUGCCGACUUUUCAAAGUUUAAGAUUGUUACAGAUCUUGGUGGGUCUAAAGGAGUUUUACUUAAAGAAAUAUUAAAAGUAAAUAAGAACAUUGAAAAAGGUAUUAAUUUUGAUAUGGUCGCUAUCAUUGAAAAGAAUAAGCAUGUGAAUUCAAUUGAAAGUGGAGAGCAACUGGAUUCUAGGUAUGUUGAGGUUGGUGGUAGUUUCUUUGAAUCGGUACCGGAAUCGGAUUGCUAUGUUUUAAAGAGUAUCCUACACGAUUGGUCAGAAGACAAAUGCAUAGAGAUUUUAAAGACAGCAUCGAAAUCGUUGCGACAAGACGGCAGAAUCUAUAUCAUCGAUUACAUCAUUGACGAUCAGGACAGUGCUCACGAGAAGCUUGCAAGUAAUUUUAUCGCAUGGCUUGACGUCAACAUGUUACAGCUGUUUGGAGGAAGAGAGCGCAACCUCAAAGAAUGGCACGAUCUAGUAGACAAAGCAGGAUUCCAAAUAGAAAGCAUCAAAAGAUCACAAUCCUUCAUGACACAACCACUCAUUAUUCUCACAAAAAAGACAUAG